AUGUCGUCGCUUGCCACCUCAGCUUUUGUGUUGCCAAUAGCCACUGCGGCCUUGCUGCUUCCGCCAUUGCUCCAACUUGAAGCCUCUGGAUUUUACUAUACCAGUGGCCCCCUCUGGCCUCCAUUUCGAUGGCUCUCUGAGUACUUGCUGGCGUCGAGUCCUUCAAGGCUCACCGUGCUGCUCGACUACCUCGUAUCCUCUAAGCAGAGACAGGCAAUCCUGUACUACGACAAUGCGUUUCCCGGACUGUUCGCCGCGGUCGGCCUCUCGUUGAUAGGUUACUGCUUGGCCAGCGCAGCUAUUGCAAAGACAAAAGACGUCUUCCUCGCCCGCGGUUUCAAGGGCCGAGACCUCCUCAAGAACAAUCCCGAGCACAUUCCCGAGAGUCUCGGUCUGCCCACCGCCGCAGUCUACAUGGCGCUGCUCUUCCUCUUAAUCCCCUUCCGAUACUUCUCGUCUCGGCUGCAAGGCAUCUACAAGACCGGGGACGACUGGGAAGGUCGCAUGGACGGCAGGGGCGGGUUCCCUCAUCACGAGCUCGCAAGCUUCCUCUCGGCGCUGUUGUCGUUCUUAUCAGCCAUCGUGCUGGGCUUCUUGGACGACGUUUUCGAUAUUCGAUGGAGAUACAAACUACCCAUUCCUGUUAUUUCGAGCAUCCCUCUACUCAUGGUCUACUAUGCAGGAGGUGGAGGCACGUCGGUCGUUGUCCCCGGCUGGCCUGGCGUUCUGAGGCAAUGGAUUGGGUCGUCCAUCUUGGAACUGGGGCCUCUCUACUACCUCUACAUGUCCCUACUUUCCACUUUCUGCACCAACAGCAUCAACAUCCUGGCCGGCAUCAACGGCGUCGAAGUGGGUCAGGCUCUCGUCAUCUCGAUCUCUCUCUGCAUCAACGAUCUGCUCUACCUCGACUCCCGUGCUGGUAUGGCUGGGUCAAGAUCUAGUACAGAGCUGCUCAGGAGGCAUCUGUUGAGUCUCUACCUGCUCUUGCCCUUGACAGGUGUCUGUCUGGCCUUGUUGUCUUGGAACAGGUAUCCAGCGCGGGUGUUUGUAGGAGACACGUUUUGCUACUUUGCCGGCAUGGUCUUCUCCACUGUGGGAAUCUUGGGUCAUUUUAGCAAGACCGUUUUGCUCUUCUUCGUUCCUCAGAUCUUUAACUUCUUGCUAAGUUGUCCACAGCUAUUUGGAUUCGUGCCAAACCCACGACAUCGCGUGCCUAGGUUCCACGCACCUUCCAACUGCCUCUAUCCUUCGAUUCAGUACUUUGCCUCUGGAGACAAAGCCAAGGAUGACCAACUUCCCAACACGUCAACAAAGCCUCUUCGCCCAGCCAGUGUGGUCUCGACGCUGAUCCUCAAGCUCCUCUCUCUCCUCUGCUUGGUUCAGCUGGAGUUUUACGAUGACGGGAAACGUCAAAUCAAGAGCACAACCAACCUGACGAUUCUCAACGCCAUCCUCGUGUUGAGAGGAGUUCGUCACGUACCCACCAAAAGUCCGCUUGCGAAACCAUUCACUGGACCACACAUCUCAGAGUACGGACUGUGGCUUCACACGAUGCUGAUCCAAGUCGCAGGAUCCUGUCUCGCUUUUGCCAUCCGUUACUGGCUCGCCUCUGUAGUUUUUCCUUGA